AUGUCCGCCCCAGGCAAGGCCGCGCAACAGGAUGGACCUUUUUGCCUCCCGCCAAACCGCAUCGACAAACCGCACGGGCAACUCGUCGACUUUCUGGUGAUGCUGGUGGCCAGGCGACGUCGAGUCAAUUGGGGGGAUGGGUUCUACAAUUCCUCCGACCUGGAACAGGACCUCAAGGGUCUUUUCCGUGAUGCCCCAGUGGGUCGAAGCAAUACCCUUGUCUUGUCCAGGAGCUACCAAAGCGCGCUCCUCAGAUCAGAUGCUGUUCACAGCGAGGGCAGUGAGGCCAACACACGCAGUUGCCUCCUGGGGGAUCCUUCGAAGAGGUUCAAAUGCACCCCAGAACAUAGGAGGUGA